CAGAGCCGCGCGGGAGGCAGCGGCACGGCGUCCAGGCGCAGUGGCUCGGGAGCGCGGCGGGGCGGCGGCUCCGCCAGGGCAGCCCGGGCAGGGCCGGCCGACAGUCAAUGUGGAUAAACUUAAUUCUCUGGUGCCUCCCAAACUGUGUUCUACCGAAGUCCGUUCUUUUGGAGGACAGAUCCAAUUCCAUGAAAUUUUUUAGUCCUUCUUUUAGAAGACAAGUCCAGAGGCCAGUUUCAUCAAAUCUUUCACUGUCCAAAGAGGGAGCUCUGCCUUCUCUAGCUCUCAGCCCCACUGGUCACGGUCUCACUGAACUGCACUAGACCUCCCAUCCGGGACCCUGCCCCCUGCCCCUUGUCUGCACUGUGAAUCUGGAAGAAGAAAAAAACCAGUGUGUAUGUGUGACUGUCAGAUCAGUAAAAGAGAAACAAACACAAGUGGAGGAAAGAUGGAGAGGCACUAAGGAAGAAUCGUAGAUCAAGGUGGCACUCAGGAAAUGCUUGUCUCCUGCCGUUGAUGAAUAGUUUCAGAAUACUAUGGAUCAUGCUGAAGAGAAUGAGAUCCUUGCAGCAGCCCAGAGGUACUGUGUGGAAAGGCCCAUCUUUAGUCAGCCAGUCCUGCAGGAAAGACUGCGCAAGAAGGACAAGGUUUCGGAUUCCAUUGGGAAUAAGCUGAAACAGGCGUUCACAUGUACUCCUAAGAAAAUACGAAAUAUCAUUUAUAUGUUCCUACCCAUAACUAAGUGGUUGCCAGCCUACAAAUUCAAGGAGUAUGUGUUGGGUGACUUGGUCUCAGGCAUAAGCACAGGGGUGCUUCAGCUUCCUCAAGGUUUAGCUUUUGCAAUGUUGGCGGCUGUGCCCCCAGUGUUUGGCCUGUACUCUUCAUUUUACCCUGUUAUCAUGUAUUGCUUCUUUGGAACCUCCAGACACAUAUCCAUAGGUCCAUUUGCUGUGAUUAGCCUGAUGAUUGGCGGUGUGGCUGUUCGCUUAGUACCAGAUGAUAUAGUCAUUCCGGGAGGAAUAAAUGCAACCAAUGGCACGGAAGCAAGAGACGCCUUGAGGGUCAAAGUUGCCAUGUCCGUGACCUUGCUCUCCGGAAUCAUUCAGUUUUGCCUAGGUGUCUGUAGGUUUGGAUUUGUGGCCAUCUAUCUCACAGAGCCCCUGGUCCGUGGGUUCACCACCGCAGCAGCUGUGCACGUCUUCACGUCUAUGCUAAAAUACCUGUUCGGAGUUAAAACAAAGCGGUACAGUGGGAUCUUUUCAGUGGUGUAUAGUACAGUUGCUGUGUUGCAGAAUGUUAAAAACCUCAACGUGUGUUCCCUAGGCGUCGGGCUGAUGGUUUUUGGUUUGCUGUUGGGUGGCAAGGAGUUUAAUGAGAGAUUUAAAGAGAAAUUGCCAGCACCGAUUCCUUUAGAGUUCUUUGCGGUGGUCAUGGGAACUGGCAUUUCAGCCGGGUUUAACCUGAAAGAAUCGUACAAUGUGGAUGUCGUUGGAACACUUCCUCUGGGGCUACUACCUCCAGCCAAUCCAGACACCAGCCUCUUCCACCUUGUGUAUGUGGAUGCCAUUGCCAUAGCCAUCGUUGGAUUUUCCGUGACCAUCUCAAUGGCCAAGACCUUGGCAAAUAAACAUGGCUACCAGGUUGAUGGCAAUCAGGAACUCAUUGCCCUGGGACUGUGCAAUUCCAUUGGCUCGCUCUUCCAGACCUUUUCAAUUUCUUGCUCUUUGUCUCGAAGCCUUGUUCAGGAGGGGACUGGAGGGAAGACACAGCUCGCAGGUUGUUUGGCCUCACUGAUGAUUCUCCUGGUCAUAUUAGCCACCGGAUUCCUCUUCGAAUCAUUACCCCAGGCUGUGCUGUCAGCCAUUGUGAUCGUCAACCUGAAAGGAAUGUUUAUGCAAUUCUCAGACCUCCCCUUUUUCUGGAGAACCAGCAAAAUAGAACUGACCAUCUGGCUUACCACCUUUGUUUCCUCCUUGUUCCUGGGACUGGACUAUGGUUUGAUUACUGCUGUGAUCAUUGCUCUGCUGACUGUGAUUUACAGAACACAGAGUCCUAGCUACAAAGUCCUCGGGCAGCUUCCUGAUACUGAUGUAUAUAUCGAUAUAGAUGCAUAUGAGGAGGUGAAAGAAAUACCUGGAAUAAAAAUAUUCCAAAUAAAUGCUCCAAUUUAUUAUGCAAAUAGUGACUUGUAUAGCAGUGCAUUAAAAAGAAAGACUGGAGUGAACCCAGCACUCAUUAUGAGCGCCAGAAGAAAGGCCGUGAGGAAGUACGCCAAGGAGGUCGGGAAUGCAAGUGUGGCCAACGCCACCGUUGUCCGAGUGGUCAUUCUGGAUUUUACACAAGUCAACUUUAUUGAUUCUGUUGGUGUAAAAACUCUGGCAGGGAUUGUGAAAGAAUACGGAGAUGUCGGCAUUUAUGUGUAUUUAGCAGGAUGCAGUCCACAAGUUGUGAAUGACCUCACUCAAAAUCAGUUUUUUGAAAAUCCCGCCCUAAGGGAGCUGCUGUUCCACAGCAUCCAUGACGCAGUGCUAGGCAGCCAGGUUCGGGAGGCGCUGGCUGAGCAGGAAGCCUCGGCCCUGCCUCCCCAGGAGGACCUAGAGCCCAAUGCUGCUCCUGAAGCGUAGAGGAGGAACUCAGCCUGGGGUGGGGUGUGAGCUGCUCGGGAAACUACCAAUUUACACAUUUUAAAUACUAGACACUAGCUUUAUUUUUCUAAGGGUAAAUACUAGUAAAGGCUUGAUUUGGAGGAUGAAUGAUGCAUAGCAAGAUGUAUCUUACUUGUGGUUUGCUUGUUUUUUUUCAUUGAAUAUUUCAAAGAUAAAUUAGCCUUUUGCCUGCAUUUUUGUGCAGUGACAUUUCUGUUACUUUUUAGUAGGGUCUUGGUAAGCUUAAAGAUUUAUUUUCUUUAAGCACUUUACCUACAAUUCAGACAUGCUGCCACCAGGUGCGUAGUACUUCCUUUUGUAGGUGUUGGUCUACAGACUUUGUGUAAUCAGAGUUACCAACAGAGGAGGGAGACCCACAGUUUUCUCAAGCCCUUCUUUUUAAAUAACCUUUUAUUAUUAUCAAAGCAAUGUAAGUGAACUGCAAACAAUUUUUUUAAAUAGGAAAGCAAAAGUAAGAAAUAAAAACAUUCUAUUGCCACCACUCAAACAUUAUCACUAACACCUUAAUGCAUCCAUAUCCUUCCAGAUCUUUUUCUAUGCAUAUAUAUUUACAUCUUUUAACCAAAAGUAGAUCACAGUGUAUAUAAUGGUCUGUGACCUUUCCUUUUUUGUUCAGUCAACCAUCUCUACUUUCUCAUUCCAGAAAAUUUUUACCUCAGGCCAUAUUCACAUUUCCCCAGUUGUCUCCAAAUUUGUAGUUGGUCUGUCCAAACUAGUACCCAGUCUAUGACCUUAUGCUACAGCUGGUCAUGUCUCUUAAGUCUGUCUUAAUCUAGCUCAGUCCCUUGUAUGAUGGCAUUGACUUGGUAAGGAGACAGGGGCAGUUGUCCCAUAGCGUCCCAACUUGUGAAUGUGUCUGCUUGCUUUCUGAAGGUGUUAGCUUGUCCUUUGAUUUCCUGAACUACCUAUAAUCUAGAAAUUAUAUCUAAAAGCUUCAUGGAUUUGAAUAAAACUGUUUUUGCUAGAAUAUAUCAUAAAUGAGACAAAUACUUCAAAGGGCAUCACUCCAGAAAAUAUGUAAUAUCAAGUUGACUCACCCCAACGAUGCUAAGGUAGUCACUGGAUUAACAUGACAGCCUAAUCCCCAGUUUCACUCUCUUCUUUAUGACUAGUGAGUUAUCUAUGUGGUGUUCCUUUGGCAUUGAAUGAAUGCCCAGUUCACCAGCAGCAUUCACCCAGGGGUUUUAACAUCCAGUGAUAAUCUUUGCCUAAGUAAUUUUAUUAAGGUUUGUGAAUUUUAUUUCCAAUUCUCUCAUUUCAUCUGCAUUUAUUAGUUCGUGUUACAUGUAAACUACAUACAGCUUCCCCUCCUCAACUGGAGCUUAAGUACAGUUCUUACUGGAAAGGCAGGUUAAAUGUUGCAUCUUUUCCAUUUAAUUACCAACUUCAAAGUAAGGAGUUGGUUUAAUAGCUGGUGACAAAUUAGGUUCUUUUGGAUUUCUUCUUUGGUAUAAUUGUAGACUCCUAAUUUUUAUAGUUUUAAUGUGCUUCCAUCAAUUAUGGUUAUUCUUCUUGGCACUUAAAUUGUUAACAACUGUGGCCAGUAGGAGCCCCUAGAAGUUUUGUUCAUAGUGAAGUAGCCUUGAAGACUAUGUUAUUUAAGAAAGCUAACUCCUACAUACAGUUUAGUAUCUUCCUUAGAAGUCCAUACAAGUUCAGUUAGUUCUUCAUCAAACUCAGUUUGAACCCUGUCUGUCGGUGAAGCACUUUACAGCUAUUCAGAAGGAGUGGUGGCAACUUCAAGCCAAUUUAUCAUCAGAAGGCCUUGCUCCCCUGGUCCUCCCGACCCACUCAUUCCAAAUCAAAGCACAAGCAUUAGCCAAACAGCCUAAAGCCCCCUCUGCUAAGAUUUCCUACUCAUAGUCAGUUUGUCCUUUACUAUGUUGCCUUGACUCCUUGUUUUAGUUUUCAUGAAAAAAACCCCACCUGAAGAAAAGCAGUUAGGUCCCAGGAAAGAACUAUGUUAGCAUGCAUCUAUGCCAGACCAAACCCUAUGGUUUGUUUGCUUUAAUUCCCAUCAGGUUUCUUAGUGACUUGACUAAUCUAAUUCAAAGUAGACCUCCUCCUUUCUAGUUAAUACUUUAGCUAUAAAAUCAAAUUAGAUUUGUGCUCAGUUACUUCCUUUACAAUCAUCACACGCAAGAUCAGAUACAUCUGCAUUCUGAUACAGACUGCCUUCUGAAAGAGCAUAUAUUUGUAGAACCUCGACUUAUACUAAAAACUUUUGUAAAAGGGCCGGCAUCAUGUCAGCCAUUCAAGUAGAACUUACAGAUUUUAAAUAAUGUUAUAAAAUAUAUCAUUGCUUACUUGUUAGGAACUCUUUAGCAAAUGUGCUAUACACAGUAGAUACGCAAUCCUAGCUGUAGAUUGACAGUAGUGUAUAGAAAAAGAAUUUGUAUCUUACAAAUGUGUGUUUAACUGUUAAUUUUUAACCUGUUUUGAGUAGAAUUCUACCAUGUACAUAAAAAGCACCAAGUCUUACUGAAGGGAAAUUAUGUUGUUUCAACAUGCCUCUGAAAACCUAAGAAUGCAUUUCAAAAUGUUUUUUAUCUAUAUGUAGAUAUGUUGGAAUGUUUUACUUAGAAUUACUUCAUAUAGUUGAAAAUUCCUGACCUUUUUUACUUAUGAAUUUUGUCUCUACUUGUUUUCAAAGCUAGCCCUGGUUCAUGUUCAGAUUCUUACUGCCCUAUCAAAAUGGCAUAAUCCAUUUAUAGAUUAGGGACCAGACUCACCUUAUUUUAUGGCAAUAUAGGGAAGCCCUGUUUUCAGGAAGGUCCCAUAUAAAGAAGUUGUUUCUUUCUCAAGUCUUGCACAGUAUGACAGUGUUUGAUCUCUACUUCAUGGAUGGUUGGAAUUAUGUUUGAAAGCAAUUGUGAACCAAGAACCAGGAAACUCCUAAUUCAUGUCAGAGACAUGGACUCAGCAGAUAAUCACAUGGUAGAUUCUAGUGAGCUCCCAAUUGCCAGUCUCAUCUGCAGUGAGACUCAGAAACAACAAUGGAUGUGAAUCCUCCCCAAGCCCCGCAAGCAGCUCAUUUGGAACUUUUCUGGUAACAGCUAAAAUACCCAAUCCACAUGAUUUAAUCCUGAAUCCUUGUUCAUUAACAGAGAAAAGUUGUGUCUGCCUCUAAAGGUACAUUGUGAGAAUGAGUCUGCCCUCACUGAAUGAGUGUGCAUGGAGAGGGUAGCAAUCCCAGAGAAUCUGCCCCAGAGUGGGUAGGUGUUUUUUUCUGUACUUUGGGUUUUGGAGUUGUGUGACCUUGUGUGGGGAUGAGGGAGGGACAGGGAGGGAAGGCCUCAUCUACUAUGUCUGCCCCUUUAAAGAGAGCAAAUUAAUAUAAAUCCUCAAAUCAUAACUUCCUCGGUGUGUGUCUAGAACUGCAGUGAAGUAAGUCAGUGACUGCAGAAACACUGUUGGUCCUUCUUAGUGUACCUCUCAGGGAUGCUUUUAGGAUUUGGUGUGUUUAUAUUCUUGAGAAUAUGGUUUCUGAGUGCUGAUAAAAGUUGGCUUGGGCACUGAUUAUCUAAUUCUCCAAAUAGCCAACCAAAACACAUACAAUGGUUUUGGGACCCCUCAAAUUCCAACAAAAUGUUCAAAAGCUAGUACUGCAGCAGGUUAGACUUGGAUUUGAUCCAGUUUGAACAUUUCAGAAAUCUAUCUUGCCAUUGAAAAAGGCUUACCAGAUCUUUUGUAGUACUGGUGUAUAGCAUGUCAUUUUAUGUAACACAUGAAUCUGAGCUUUGUGGAAUUUAAAUUUUUAUGAAUCAACCAUUUUUUAAAUGUUAGAAAAAUAUUUUUUAAAGUAUUACUACACUAUUAUUUUUCUAGUCAUAAACUCUUUGUAUUCGGGUUUAUCAGCACCUUGGUAUAUGUAUAUACAUAUGUGUUCUUCUGUACACACGUAUGUAUACACACACGUGCACACAUACACACACAUUUUAGGUGGAAGGAGUUAACCAGCGAAUAUCUGUCUUUUUAAAUAGGGCACAAACCUGGUAACCUAGAUGGUACUGAUGCUAUCUGCAUAUACAUGCCUGGACAGAAACACUCAGACUUUUCAAAUAAUCCAUUGUACAUUUGAUUGUGGCCAGCUAGAUUUUCAUCAUGUAACUGAGAUGUCAGUAUUAUUCAGAGCAAGUAUUAUGUUAGGACUAAAUGAGCUCAACAUAACCAGUUUGGAUUGUCUCAAAUUGGUACAUAUGAUGAGUAUGUGGCUAUAUGAAAAAGUGGUUAAGACUUUAAAGGGUAUGUUUUAAAUGCUUAUAUUUAUUAAAACAUUACAAAAAUAUACAUCUUUAGUAAUUUACUCAAGUAUCUUAUUCCAAGCCUGUCCUGAAAAUGGUUCACUCUAUUUCACACCUCAUGACAGAGUAGGGGUCUUAGAAAAAUUUUUCUGAUUAAAAAAAAAAAGUCAAGGAUGUUGACUUUUAUGAAUACCUUUACAAAUUUCUGCUUGAAAUUUUUCAUAUUUAAUAUUUCAAUUCAAUACUUGUAACAUAUUCUAGGUUGUCAACUUUUCCUUUUGCGAAUUAAAAUGUAUCCAGCUUUGUUUUGCACUAUGAAUAUUGAACUGCAAUAAAAAUAUUCCUUAUUGUGCUUGGGGUCUGAGUAUUUUCGGGGGUGGGUAAGGAGAUAACUGUGGUGGAAGACGGGAGACGAUUUAGUGGUGAUUGCACAGGAAAUAAUUUUAAAGAGAUCUGUUGAAGAUUCAGUAACAGAAGCUUUACCAAAAUUUUAAACCAUUAAUUUAUAAAAUGAAAAUAAGCACUUCUUUGUAUGAAGCCAAUUCUAGGCUUUCUAAAUUACAGCUUUAUGUAUAUAUUUUUUUCUUUCUGCUUUACUCUUUUGCUGGUCAUGAAAAUCAAUAGUUCUUCUAGAUUAAUUUGAAAUGAACUCAAAUGGCAAAGCAAAAUACAUUACAUUGGAUGUUUCUUCCACUUUAAAAAAACUGAAAAAGUUUAAUUUUUCAACAUGGUAGGAAAAACACAUUGAAAUGUAUGUCGUCAUGUGCACAGAUGGGCAAUUUUGAUGGGGGCAGAAGAGCAGAAUUGUGAGGAGCACAGGUGGUGGACCUGACAGACUUGGACUUGAAUGCCAACUCUGCUACAAGCUCAUCAGUGAGGAAAGGUUUUGCGUCUAUUAGAUCAAGAUCCACUAGAUCCCCUCACUGGGCAGAUGGGAGGAUACAAGGUGAUAUAUGUACAGCACCUAGCCAGCUCGUGUCUAGAACAUAC